CAUAGGUGCCCCACCCGGCCCCACGAUGUCGGACAGUGACGACAGCAACUUCUCUGAGGACGAGAGUGAGCGCAGCAGUGAGGCUGAGGAGGCCGAGGCCGAGGAGGAGCGCGCCAGCGCCGCAGGCAGCGAGAAAGAGGAGGCCGAGGAGGAGGAGGAGGAGGAGGAAGAGGAAUACGAUGAGGAAGAGGAGGAGGAAGACGAUGACCGCCCUGCCAAGAAGCCCCGGCACGGGGGCUUCAUCCUGGAUGAGGCCGAUGUGGAUGAUGAGUACGAGGACGAGGAUCAAUGGGAGGAUGGAGCCGAGGACAUCCUGGAGAAAGAGGAGAUCGAAGCUUCCAACAUUGACAACGUGGUGCUGGAUGAGGAUCGCUCUGGAGCGCGGCGCCUGCAGAACCUCUGGAGGGAUCAGCGGGAGGAAGAGCUGGGCGAGUAUUACAUGAAGAAAUAUGCCAAGUCCUCAGUGGGAGAGACUGUUUAUGGCGGCUCCGAUGAGCUCUCAGAUGACAUCACCCAACAGCAGCUGCUGCCGGGGGUCAAGGACCCCAACCUCUGGACCGUAAAGUGCAAGAUCGGGGAGGAACGCUCCACCGCCAUCGCCCUCAUGCGCAAGUUCAUCGCUUACCAGUUCACUGACACGCCGCUGCAGAUCAAGUCGGUGGUGGCACCGGAGCACGUCAAGGGCUACAUCUACGUGGAGGCCUACAAACAGACGCACGUGAAGCAGGCAAUCGAGGGCGUGGGCAACCUGCGCCUGGGCUACUGGAACCAGCAGAUGGUCCCUAUCAAGGAGAUGACCGACGUGCUCAAGGUGGUCAAGGAGGUCACCAACCUCAAGCCGAAGUCCUGGGUGCGCCUCAAGAGAGGCAUCUACAAGGAUGACAUCGCCCAAGUGGAUUACGUGGAGCCCAGCCAGAACCAGAUCUCCCUCAAGAUGAUUCCUCGCAUCGACUUCGACCGCAUCAAAGCCCGCAUGAGCCUGAAGGACUGGUUCGCCAAGAGGAAGAAGUUCAAGAGACCCCCCCAGCGCCUUUUUGAUGCCGAGAAGAUCCGGUCGCUGGGAGGGGACGUGGCCUCCGAUGGGGAUUUCCUCAUCUUCGAAGGGAACCGCUACAGCCGGAAGGGGUUCCUGUUCAAGAGCUUUGCGAUGUCGGCCGUGAUCACGGAGGGGGUGAAGCCGACGCUGUCAGAGCUGGAGAAGUUUGAGGACCAGCCCGAAGGCAUCGACCUGGAGGUGGUGACAGAGAGCACAGGGAAGGAGCGGGAGCACAACUUCCAGCCGGGAGACAACGUGGAGGUGUGCGAGGGGGAGCUCAUCAACCUGCAGGGCAAGAUCCUCAGCGUGGAUGGCAACAAGAUCACCAUCAUGCCCAAGCACGAGGACCUCAAGGACAUGCUGGAGUUCCCAGCCCAGGAGCUGCGCAAGUACUUCAAGAUGGGCGACCACGUGAAGGUGAUCGCGGGGCGCUUCGAGGGCGACACUGGCCUCAUCGUGCGCGUGGAGGAGAACUUCGUCAUCCUCUUCUCUGACCUCACCAUGCACGAGCUGAAGGUGCUGCCCCGAGACCUGCAGCUCUGCUCGGAGACGGCCUCCGGGGUGGAUGUUGGGGGGCAGCACGAGUGGGGGGAGCUGGUGCAGCUCGACCCCCAGAGCGUGGGGGUCAUCGUGCGCCUGGAGCGGGAGACGUUCCAGGUGCUGAAUAUGUACGGGAAGGUGGUGACAGUGCGGCACCAGGCGGUCACCAGGAAGAAGGACAAUCGCUUCGCUGUGGCGCUGGACUCGGAGCAGAACAACAUCCACGUCAAGGACAUCGUCAAAGUCAUUGAUGGGCCCCAUUCGGGCCGGGAAGGGGAGAUCCGGCACCUCUUCCGCGGCUUCGCCUUCCUGCACUGCAAGAAGCUGGUGGAGAAUGGGGGCAUGUUCGUGUGCAAGACCAGGCACCUGGUGCUGGCUGGGGGCUCCAAGCCCCGGGACGUCACCAACUUCACCAUCGGCGGCUUCGCGCCCAUGAGCCCCCGCAUCAGCAGCCCCAUGCACCCCAGUGGUGCUGGCCAGCGCGGAGGCUUCGGCUCCGGUGGGAUGAGCCGUGGCCGCGGGCGCCGGGACAACGACCUCAUUGGCCAGACCGUGCGCAUCUCUCAGGGGCCCUACAAAGGGUACAUCGGGGUGGUGAAGGAUGCCACCGAGUCCACGGCGCGCGUGGAGCUGCACUCGACCUGCCAGACCAUCUCCGUGGACCGGCAGCGCCUCACCACCGUGGGCUCACGGCGGCCGGGGGGGAUGACCUCUGCCUAUGGGCGCACCCCCAUGUAUGGCUCCCAGACCCCCAUGUACGGCUCUGGGUCUCGCACCCCCAUGUACGGCUCCCAGACCCCCCUGCACGAUGGCAGCCGCACCCCACACUAUGGAUCCCAGACCCCACUGCAUGACGGGAGCCGCACCCCAGCCCAGAGCGGGGCCUGGGACCCCAACAACCCCAACACCCCCUCCAGGGCGGAUGAGGACUUCGAGUACGGCUUCGACGACGAGCCCACCCCGUCCCCGCAGGGAUAUGGGGGGACCCCAAACCCCCAAACCCCCGGGUACCCCGACCCCUCAUCCCCACAGGUCAACCAGCCCUACAACCCCCAGACCCCUGGCACGCCGGCCAUGUACAACACGGAGCAGUUCUCCCCCUACGCGGUGCCGUCGCCGCAGGGCUCGUACCAACCCAGCCCCAGUCCCCAGAGCUACCACCAGGUAGCGCCCAGCCCCGUGGGCUACCAGAACAGCCACUCACCGGCCAGCUACCACCCGACGCCAUCCCCCAUGGCUUAUCAGGCCAGCCCCAGCCCCAGCCCUGUGGGGUACAGCCCCAUGACCCCUGGGGCACCGUCGCCAGGGGGGUACAACCCGCACACCCCGGGCUCGGGCAUCGAGCAGAGCUCCAGCGACUGGGUCACCACUGACAUCCAGGUGAAGGUGCGGGACACGGCGCUCGACAGCCCCAGUGUGGGGCAGACCGGCGUCAUCCGCAGCGUCACGGGGGGGAUGUGCUCUGUGUACCUCAAGGACAGCGAGAAGGUGGUGAGCAUCUCCAGCGAGCACCUGGAGCCCGUCACCCCCACCAAGAGCAACAAGGUGAAGGUGAUCCUGGGCGAGGACCGGGAAGCCACUGGGAUCCUGCUCAGCAUCGAUGGGGAGGACGGGAUCGUCCGCAUGGACCUGGAGGAGCAGCUCAAGAUCCUCAACCUGCGCUUCCUCGGGAAGCUGCUGGAGGCCUGAGCCCCACCCCGCGACCCCGUGGUCUUGUGCCCCCCAUUUCCCCC